GGCUACAGAGCGUUAGAAGGUUGCUGUUGUUAGGCGGUGUGGACAGAAACGGCUCGUUUUGGGGCGCGCUUCAGCACUACCUAAUUUGCUUUCCCCUCCGGGCUCAUUACACUUAUUAAACGGGUUUCAAAUUUCUGACUGUAAAAUGAGCGACAACGAGAAGGAUUUUAGGGAGCAGGACUCUCGGGGAGGCUCAAGGAGUGCAUCCCCAAGAGGCUCUGCAAAAUCCGCCAGCCACUCUCCUGCACGGUCGAAAGAUGGCUCUCGGCACUCCCGGUCCAGAUCUCGAUCUCAGUCCAGAUCAAAAUCCAGGUCAAGAUCCCACCGAAGCUCUCGCAGACGCUACUCCCGCUCUCGUUCCCACUCUCGACGCAGACGUUCAAGGAGCCGAUCUCGAAGCUCAGAUUACCGUCGACGUAGGAGCCACAGCCGCUCUCCGAUGUCAAAUCGACGUAGACACAUUGGCAACAGGGCCAACCCAGACCCCAGCGCUUGCCUGGGUGUGUUUGGUCUGAGCCUUUACACCACUGAGAGGGACCUGAGAGAGGUUUUUUCUAAAUAUGGCCCCUUGGCUGAUGUCAACAUUGUGUAUGAUCAGCAGUCGCGACGUUCAAGAGGUUUUGCCUUUGUUUAUUUCGAAAACAGUGAGGACUCCAAGGAGGCUAAGGAGCGUGCAAAUGGUAUGGAGCUUGAUGGACGCAGGAUCAGAGUGGAUUUCUCCAUCACCAAAAGAGCUCACACUCCAACUCCUGGAAUCUACAUGGGACGCCCCACAUAUGGUGGUGGUGGAGGAGGAGGCGGUGGUGGUGGAGGCGGUGGUUCAUCUCGCCGUUUCUCUCGGGACUAUGACAGGGGCUAUGACAGAGGAUAUGAUAGAGGUUAUGAUCGCGACUAUGAUCGCUACGAAGAGCGAGAGUACCGAUCUUACAGUUCUUUCUCCUUUGACAGACGCAGAUCUCCGUCUCCGUACUACAGCAGAGGUUACCGCUCUCGAUCUCGGUCCUACUCGCCACGUCACUACUAGGCAGUGAAGACAGUGUUAUGUUUUGGUGUUUGUUUGUUUUUUGCAUUAUUAUUUUUAUUUUGUUUUUUUCCCAUUUUGACCAGACCAUAUUUUUUGUGUGUGUGUGUUUGUGUGAAAGGGACUUUUGCAUGUAUUCAUGUAUCAGAAAGUUGAAAGUUUGAUUUUUAGCCCUAAACAUGUGUCGGCAGUGCUGAAUUUACAUGUCACUGAGUUUAGUACAGAUUAUGGAGGUUCAAAAUGUUGGGAAUUAAUGCUUUUUCAUCUUUGCUCUUCACCUAAAUAAAAUUCUGUAUGUUGUCAAAUAAAAAUGCUGAAUGCUUUUUAAACUUGGAAUUUGGAAAAACAGUUUGCGCCAACUGACAUGUUUUUAUCUUUGUAGGAUUUUCUUCUUUUUUAAUUAUUUUUUUAGUGUUCUACAGUAGAUGGCUCCUUUAAACUGUGUCUAUUCCCCAAUAAAUAAAUAAAUUACAUUUU